AUGGUGGUUGGUGGCAAACUGGCAAGUGGCAAUGGAGUCCACAUCUGUAAAUUCCAAUCCCACAAAAACGCCACCACACCGCACCACCACCGACCGGAGUGAGAGAAAGUGAGAAACAAAAGAGACGCACACAAAUAGAAAGAAGCAUCUCAAUCUCCCAAAAUUCACUUCUCUUAUUCUCUCUCUAUCACGCCAUUAAAUUUUGAUUCUUUUUCACCCUACCAAUUCAAUUCCUCUCAUAAAUUUAACAAAUUAUUUCGUUUCAGCUCUACCUAGCUCAACAAAAACACCUUUUUAGUCCCGUUUUUUGUAUACCCUAGAUUUUACGUUUAAUUGGUUCAUUUCUGAAUUCUGAUUAUCGUUUAGUCGCUAAAGUUCUAAUCUUUCCCCCCAGAAUGGACGAGUUUGGCGUGUUGACCGAAAGGUUUGGCUUGAAACCGCAGGGAAAAUCGGCUCCGAUGGCCUCAUCGAAGCGACCCACAGGUGUCGGUGGAUCCCAACCUGGAAUCAAUUCGUUCAAUCCCCCCAAAUCUUCUUCCCAAAACGGAUCCAGAUCUCACCAACACUCCGAUUUUGAUUUCGAUGGCAUUUUCAGCCCAAGCAACAAUAAGAAAACACAGAAUUUCGGUGGUCUCGGCGAUGGCAUUGACGAUAUCUUCGGCCCGGGCGCUAAAUCUAAUACCAGCAAGGGUUCUUCCUUCGAUUACGAUUCGAUAUUUGGCGGUUCGAACAGGCCGGUUUCGAAGCCUGCUUCGAACAAUGAUUUUGUGGACGACAUAUUCGGUGUAAUGCCCGAGAGAAAAGGCGUUGGUGUUGAUGAUCUGUUAGAUAAGAUUGGAGGGUUAAAUUCUAGUACCAGCAACAAAAGCUCAUCCAAUGUGAAAAAAGCACCUGAUUUUGAUGAAUUGAUACCUGGGUUUGGUGGAAGCAGCUCUUCAAAGAAUGGAAGAGCAAGUAAUAAGUCUCCUAAACCAACUGCCACUUCAAACAAACCUGCUGCCACCUCUCAUGAUGAUCCAUUUUUAGUGUUUGAAACCACUUCACGCGCAGCAUCUUCGGAAUCAUUCUUUGACUCUUUGGAACAGAUUAAUAAGUGGAAUAAUUCCAAAGGUACAAGAGACAGCUCCGGUGCUUCCCCAAUAUUAAGACCUCCACCUAAGGCAACAAAUGUUACAUACUCAAAUAAAGUUAACAGCUCAAACGUAUCAUCCAUAGAUGAGCUUGAGGAAUUUGCCAUGGGUAAGAUGCAGAAUAAUGCUACCAGAAAGGCCAAUAUAAAUACUGGUGACACUAAACGAAACUUAGCUGCAAAGAUCAACAAAAAUAAAGGAGGUCCGGCUGCAAGAGUGAACCAAUCAAAUGGCAUGGACGAUCUUGAAUCCUUUUUCGGCACAGGCACUCGGUCAAGCAGUGUACCAAAGUCAAGGGCUUCAAAUAUGGAUAAUACGUUUGAUCAUCAAAUGAAUGAUAAAGGGAGAUCUGGGGUGUCACAAGGGGUGCCACCUGUUUCCUCUGCCAGUGCAAAGAAACCUUCAGCAGUGACAUCUUUUGAUGACCUAUCAUUAAUUUUUGGUGGUUCGCCAACAUCUGAAUUCCAGGAAAUUGAAGGAGAAUCUGAAGAGAGACGAAAAGCAAGAUUGCAACGUCAUCAGAGGACCCAAGAGCGAUCGUUAAAAGCAUUGGCUGAUAUGAACCAGCGUGACCAUCAAACUAAAAUGGAGCAAGAAGAGAGACAUAGAAUCGCCAAUUAUACGGAUGUUCAGAUAAAGAGAUGGGCUGCAGGAAAAGAAACCAAUAUGCGGGCAUUGCUAUCAUCAUUACAAGAUGUUCUUUGGCCAGAAUGUGGAUGGGAGCCAGUGUCAAUUACAGAUAUGAUCUCUUCCACUUCGGUGAAAAAGGUUUACAGAAAAGCAACUUUAUGCAUUCACCCAGAUAAGGUCCAACAGAAAGGUGCUACUCUUGAACAGAAAUAUAUUGCAGAGAAGGUUUUUGACAUCCUCAAGGCAGCGUGGACCAAGUUCAACGCGGAAGAGCUUUCUUAGACCCCCUGCUAAAUUUUCUUUGCGAAUCAUAGCUGUAUGUUUAGGACUUGUGCGCGUCUUCAGUUUGGGAAUAUUCACUUGAAUUGUUGGUUUUGUGCGGUUGAGGAUAUAACUUGGCAAGAGUUUCUUUUUCCUAAUGCGUUUAUGUUUGGAAUGUUCUUUUUAAGAAGUUGUAUUGUACAGUAAUGUACUUAAAUGUUCAUCGAGGUUAAAUGUUCAUUGAGGUCAGUGUACAAAAUUUGUAGUGCUCCUUAGCAAUUUAGACAUGCCUACAUAAAAUUCAGCCAUCCCUCAAAUUAGAGGUUAUCUCUUAUUUAGAUUGUGCACGUUUGUACACGUGCAUUUGAUAUGUUGUAUGAAUAAUAUAUCAUUGAUUUUUUAUUUAUUCAGCAAUAUUUGUUUGUGAUCUCGAAUU